AUGCGGGCACGUCACCAGAUGUCCGAGGCGUUGUGCUGGGGAGUUCUCUACUUGUUGGCAGUCGCAGUGGCGCUGACGACAGAAACACGCCGGCCGUGUCCUAAGUCCUGCAGCUGCGACGCCGAGCUGCUGGAGGUGAACUGCUCUCGCAGUCAACUCAGCACGGUGCCUGACGAUUUGCAUCAAGAUGCUAAAACACUGAACUUAACGCACAAUAACAUCAAGACUCUGGUGCAUCAGCAGUUCCAGAGCUUGACACAACUGUUAGACUUGGAUUUAAGCGACAAUCUUUUGGCUGUAGUUGAAAUUGAGGCCUUUCUCGGCCUGCGAAGCCUACUGACGCUGCGUCUCGCCCGCAACCGCCUGAAGAUUAUUCCCGUUGGAGCGCUUGCCGGUUUGCCAAACUUGCAGCUGCUGGACAUCAGCAGCAAUGAGAUCCUUGUUCUCCUCGAUUUCACUUUCCGUGACUUGGCCGCCCUGCAGUGUCUUAUAGCAGCGGAUAACGACUUUGUUUUCGUCUCUCAUCAAGCUUUCGCUGGACUAACCAGUUUACAGGAGCUGCACAUCGACGGCUGCAACCUCACUGCUGUGCCGACGGAGGCGCUCACACAGCUCAGCGUGCUGAGGAGCCUUCGCUUUCACCGCCUGGGCCUCACCACGCUGCCAAACUAUUCUUUCCAUCAUCUCGUGCGCCUCAAGGUGCUGGCCAUUUCUCAUUGCCCCUGGUUGGAGACGCUGACAGGAAACAGCCUCUUCGGCCUAAACCUCACAUCCCUUACUAUCACACACUGCAACCUCAGUGCUGUGCCCUACGUCCCCUUGCAUCAUCUUGUAUAUCUCGUACACCUCGACCUUUCCUUUAAUCCGAUCACUCACAUUCACGGGAACCUGCUUGGAGACUUGCUGCGGCUCCAGGAGCUCCAUCUGGUCGGCGGAUCGUUGCUACGCAUCGGAAUCGGAGCAUUCCGGGGGCUAGCACAUUUCAAGUUGCUGAAUGUAUCUAGAAACCUUCUCACCACACUCGAGGCAGGUGCUUUUCAAUCAGUGGACACCCUAACAACUCUGGGGCUUGAUAAUAACCCACUGGCAUGCGACUGCCGUUUGCUGUGGGUGGUGCGAAGACGCCUGCACCUGGACUUUGGCGGACAAUCCCCCACUUGCACUACCUCUCUCCAGCUGGAGGCCUGGAAUUUCCUGGACUUUUCUGACGCCGAGCUCCCGGGCCUGCUGACCUGUCGCCGGCCGCAGAUUCUGAACCGCCAACCUCAAGAAGUGAAAGUAGAUCAGGGACACACGGUGGUGUUCUACUGCGAUGUGGAAGGUGACCCUCUGCCGUCUGUAAACUGGCUAAACCCACUGCUAAGACCUUUAAAGCCUAGUGGUAGAAUACGGACUCUCUCUAAUGGCUCGUUGGAGGUUCGCUAUGUGCAGCCUCAAGACAGCGGCACUUAUCUCUGCGUGGCGUCCAAUGCAGCAGGAAAUGACAGCCUGGCCGCCAGCCUUCGAGUCCGAGCCUUUCCGUCGCCAUCUCGUUUUAAAGGUUGGUUCUCCCUCCCGUCCGCCGCUCCGGGGGUGAAUGGAAAUCAGAAACACCCAUUUGAUGUUAAGACUUUGCUGAUAGCAGCAGCCAUUGGGCUCCUUUCAUUUUUCAGUUCUGUGAGUGUAUGUUUCAUUUUCAUGUUCUUCUGGAGUAAGAGCAAAGGCCAACUAAAGCACACGGCCACCAUUGCAUACGUGCCACGCAGUGCCGGGUCGAGCAGUAACGGAGGCAAAGGGAAUUAUAUGGAGACAAGCAGGUUCACCAUGAAACUGAUAUGA